UGGCUCCCGGGUAAUAAGAAUGGAUACAUCGCCAAGAGGAGGAAAAAACCCCCACCAACAAAUUGACUACAAACAAAUAGACCAUAGAGUAUUGCUGCUUCGUACGCUCGCCUCUGUCAUUGCAACGAAGACGACGAGAUGAUGCUUUCAACGUCUUUCUAAAUGGCGUGUAAAUGGAGGUUUUUUUGCUUCGAAGCUACGUUGUUGCAUUCAGGUACCACAGGGCUGCUAUAUUGAAUAAUGGUGAUCUGCGACGGCUUGUCUAACAACGGAGGCAGCAAUGGUGGAGCCUGCGUCUUCGUUUUUAGAGGAACAAUGUUUGACUCUUUAACGGUGGGCGGCUAAUGAUAAUAUGAUGAACAGCACAGAGGCGCUAUUAGAGCUUGCGGAUGUGCCCAAGCAAGUGAACUUCAAUGGCACUCAGGUGUCACACAGCCCUCCUGUUUGGGCAGUUGUCCACACAGCCACCUUGACCUUUUGCUCCCUCCUUCUCGUCUUCAUCUUCUGCCUGGGCUCCUACGGAAACCUCGUGGUUUUCCUGUCCUUUUUCGACCCGGCCUUCCGCAAGUUCCGCACCAACUUCGACUUCAUGAUCCUCAACUUGUCCUUCUGCGAUUUGUUCAUCUGCUGUGUGACGACCACCAUGUUUGCACUGGUGCUCUACCUGGAUGCAGGCGGAGUGGGCGGCGUAUCCAAAAGCUUCUGCUUCGCCUUCCACCUGACUAGCUCGGGUUUUAUCAUCAUGUCGUUGGAGACGGUGGCCGUCAUCGCGCUUCACCGCCUGCGCAUGGUCCUGGGCCAGCAGCCCAACCGCACCGCUUCGUUUCCAUGCACUCUAGCCCUCACCGCCCUGCUAUGGACGUCCAGCUUUACCAUGGCGGCCCUCCUCACCAUGCGGGCGUACCCACGCAGGGAUGGACCCUGUUUGCCUCACUUCGGUCUCGGAGGAGGGCGAGCCAGGUUAGUGCUGUACGCCUACCUUGCUGACUUUGCUUUUUGUGUAGGUGUGGUGUCAGUGUCCUAUCUGUUGAUUGCACAGACCCUGAGGAAAAACGCUCAAGUGAGGAAGUGUCCCAUUAUUACUGUGGCGGCCACCUGCACUCCACCCCCGCCACCUAUGGCAGUGACAGGAUUUGAGGGGGUGCCGUGUAGUGCUCAAGGCCCCUUGUACCGUAAUCAAAUGUACAACAAAUUACAGAAUGUUCAGACGCACGCUUACACCAACAGGACCAAGCAAGCGGUAGUCCCGGGGGCAGCCCAGGGAGCCACCUGCUGCCAGCUGGCCUCCACAGUCAACUUGGCCACCGCUAAGGACUCCAAAGCUGUCGUCACAUGCGUAGUCAUCGUGUUUUCAGUGCUGCUGUGUUGCCUGCCGAUGGGGAUCUCCUUGGCACAGGACGUUCUUUCACCUGAGAGCACUUUUGCACAUUACCAGUUCGAACUGUGUGGCUUCGUCCUCAUCUUCCUUAAGUCCGCCAUCAACCCCUUCGUGUACUCGCGCAACAGUGCCGGCCUGCGCCGCCGUGUGCUCUCUUGCUUGCACUGGGCCGCACUGGGACUGCUGUGCUGCAAGCACAAGACUCGCUUGCACGCCAUGGGCAAGGGCAGCCUGGAAGUUAACCGGAACAAAUCCUCACACCACGAGACUAACUCGGCGUACGUUCUCUCGCCCAAGGCGCAGAGGAGGCUAGUGGACCAGGCGUGCGGGCCCAGUCAGUCCAGAGAGUGUGGCCCAAGUCCCAGGGGUGCUCGGAGGCCUCACCCUGCCAGCACAUCCACCCCUAUUAACACUCGUAUUGAGCCAUACUACAGUAUAUACAACAGCAGUCCCUCCGCUGGUCCCAGCUCACCCACCAGCCUCCAGCCUGCCAGCUCGCAGACAUUUGCCUUUGCCAAGUCCUACGUGGCCAUGCACUACCACACACAUCAGGACACCCUGCAGGACUUUGAGAGCACCUCAGUGCAACAGAUCCCCAUCCCCUCUGUCUAAACCCUGUGUUGUAUUCUGCUGUGGGAAUGCUCAAGUUUACAUUUGCCGGUGAAGAGGACACAGGUCCUGGGUUUGUGUCCUUAGGUUUGCUGGUGUGUUUGAUUUGAAUUUGUUUGGAUACUUCCUCCCAUAGUGCUAAAACAUGUAAAAAAAUGGCAGCUUAAUGCAGUCCUAAACUUUUUGUGAAGUCAUAUUUUCACAGGACAUACAUUCUCCUUAAUACAGGUAGUCCCCGGGUUACGAAUGGUUCCUACGCUGGCGACGUAACCCGAAUUUCCGCGUAAAUCGGAAUUAACAAUUUAAAAAUUCAAAAUAACGAUCAUAAAAGUCCAAAAGUAUUGUAUUUUGCUUAAUGCUGGAGGAUACACUGCCCUCUGGUGGCAGCGUUGGGUCUGGCUGGACUGUCGUUCAAUAACGCUCCCAUGCAGAAGCACUCUGACGUCCCAUAAAGGAUAGCUGCGCUAAGAUUUGGCCCAAAUAAGGCUUUAUGUUGCUUCAGGUAAUAUAUGGUUGUGAAUGGAUUUGUAAUUAAGUUUAGAGCUACGGUUUGUGAGUUACGUGUGAGCGAUUUGCAAUGAGAAUUCUAAAUACGUUAGCAUUUGUAGCAUUUAAGCUAGCAGACUUUUGUAAAGCAAAUUAGGCUAAUUUAACGGACUAAAUUUACUAGGGGUGUAAUGGUACACAAAAAUCUCAGUUCGGUACGUACCUCGGUUUUGAGGUCACGGUUCGGUUCAUUUUCGGUACAGUAAGACAACAAAAUGCAAAAUAUAAAUGUGCUAGUUAUUUAUUACAUAUCUUUCAACAAUAGGAACAUUAGCCUAUACAAAGCUAGAAUUCUGCUCAAAAAGUAGUGGGUAUUUAAAGAUAAUCCAACAACAAUUUGCCUUUCAGACCCCGCGUAUUGGUCAGCUUUCUUUCUGAAAGAAAGAAGAAAAAAAAAAGUCCUGUGCUAAAGAGAAAAUCAAUCCCAAUGACAAAGAUUUUAACAUGUAUUUUACGAAUGAAAUGCCUCAAAGAAUCUUUUUAAAAAAAAAUUUUUUAUGAACGGUUUUCAAAAGCUUUAUUGGUGGAUUUUCUCACGUUAAAUGCGCCACACAGAAAUUAAUAAAUUGUGUAAGCAGGAUCUGUGUAUUCUUAUUAUUUAAUUGCAGGUGUUUUAGCUCAUUUCAAUUUAUUUUAUUUAAAUGGGCUAUUAUUUAUUUUAUUAUGUUUAUAUUUUACAAAUGUGAUGUAGUAUUCAUUUAUAUUCUAUAUUUUAUGUUCUACAACUUUAGUUCCUAUGUGAAUAUUAGUUCCUACUUGUUUUGUUGUGGUAGGAGGGUUUUGUAUUGAACACGGGGCCGUGUUGGUUAUUAUUAUAGCAGAGAAGACAGCAGUUAAUCAACAAAGACAAGUCAACUGUGCCCCUAUCUACCACUCAAGAGAUCUGAUGGACUCAAAUAGUGGGUUACGAUUGCAUAUUAGUUUGAAAAUCGACCGGCUCCACCGUAUUUUUACACGAGUGACUUCCGGUCUGCCCAAUCCUAGCUACCGGUAGUAGUAAUGACGCAGGAGGGUCGCGUCUCGCGUCAAGUAAUAAACUCUGCCGUUCUUUUCGCGUGUGUCACGUUGAGCCGCUUCUGGGACGUGUCUAACACGCAGCCGCACUACGAAUGGUGUGCAUUGGGUGAUUGACUUAACCGCCCGCGUUUCACUGCGUUCUCGCGGCAGCCAUGUUGUUGCAUCGUUGAUGUUUCUGGGUUAUACUGUCCUACCGUGUUGGUCCUCAUUAUAGUAGAGAAGACGGAGUAAAUAUAAUCUACACAAAGAAACUGUAACCCAAUCGACUCACAGCCUCGAAAAGUAAGGGUUACAUUACGUCAGAAACUCGUUCGGUACGCCUCCGUUCCGAACUGAGCACCCCGUACCGAAACGGUUCAAUACAAAUACAUGUACCGUUACACCCUUAAAAUUUACAUAUUGAUCAGACUACAUGGAUGUUUGAACACCGAUCGUUUCGGUGUCGAGUGUUUUAUUGUUAAAAUGUAUGUGAUUUCGAACAGACGUGUACAUAUGUGCGUUAUAACUUUAAAAAUUCUCAAAAAUGAAGAAAGUAAAACGUUUCAAAAAGCACAAUUUCUUUGUUUGCUGUCUGUCAAGUUCACUUCACCUUUAGUGAGGACAGAAAAAGUCAUUUUAAUAAAAUGAAGUAAAAAAUAAGAUACCGUGAAGUACAAUUAGGUACUGUUUGUGCGAUAAAAACAAAACAAAAAACUGGAGACGAAAUGGCGAACAAGACUCCUACGUGGUAAAGUUGAAAUCCGUCGUAACCCGGGCACUACCUGUAACCUAAAUGGAACGAAUUAUGGUAAUUGCUUGUUUACAAAUAUGAGGCAUUCCAUCAAAACCAGACACAUAGGUUAAAAAAAUAUUUUACAAAAUACAAAGUUUGGCUUUCUACUAGGUGCUUUUAAAGGAUUUCUAAAACUGCAAAGAUAUUUGUAAUCCAGGGGUGCUGGAAGUCACUCACAGCAAGGGGUGCUGAGGAUCUUAAGAGCCGUUUCGGUUCAAAUUUGUCAAGCCUUUUCUCCAUACAAGGCAUGCACAAUAGCGGUACACAUGCAUGCUGGAUAGUUUACGUAUGUACUACUAGGCUACUACAAAGACAGCAUUCUAUUUCACCUGCAGUGUGUGUUGGAGUUUUUGUUUAGGAAAUAAAAACGCCCGUUUAUCAUAAUGCAAAUCCCUGGAGCUAGACAGCCAAUGACACACAAACACAUUUGAAAAUUAAAAGGUCCAAUUAGCAUCGGUUUAACACCCAAUUUUCACAACACUCAAAUUGCACAUGAGUAGCCAAAAGCGAUUUGCAUGGUGGCAGCUCAACAACAGACAGUUAUAUGACUACAAUGCAAGCUAUUUGAAGUUCUCCACGGUCUAGGAUUAGGUCUGCAGCUAACUUUUCCUCGCUGGGCACCAUUGUACUCUAUCAUAAUCAUCUUAAUUUUCGACCUCGAAAUGAAUUUUAGAAAAUUUCGCUUUAAAAAAAAAAAAAAAAAAACGAUAAUUUGUUUUUGCGCGCCACGUUAACGCCUCCUCUGUCAACAGUUAACUUUUCCGUUCAAGUUGUGCCUUAUCCUACGUGACCUGGUACUAAGCAAGCUGUCACGUGGUGACCAUGUUAUUAACAAAAAAAAUACAACCUUUUCAACAUAUAUAUUUAAUCCCCAAAGUAAGAUACGCUAUUGUUUCAAUGUGUUUUAUUUAUUGCUUUAUUUUUAACAAAACAAAAAUAUACCAAAACACUUUCCCCCCUACCCCAACACAGCACCCCACUUCCCGCGCCACUGUUAGGAUCUGAUUAGAUGUUGUAAGAAAUCGCAGUGUUUCUUAUUCCAAUUUGAGAUUUAAAAUAAUAAAAUAUGAUAAAAGAGCCAAAGGAGUCAUGAGGCAUGUUUGGCUUUUAAAUAGGGCUGCAACUAACGAUUAUUCUUUAUAAUCGAUUCAGUAACUGAUUAAUGUCACUUUUUAAAUUUUCUUCACAAUUUAACUUGAAGUUCUUUUAGGCAUGUUGUAAGUAACAAUGACGACGGAAUGGAUGACUAUUUCCUUCAAAAAUAAUACAUUAUUUUAUGACAGCUUCCUGACUUAACUAUACUGUAGUCUACAACUGUACUGCUAUAAGUAAAUAAAACUUCUUAUAGUUUUUAAUAAAGGUUCUGAGUAUAAAACGUAAAAAGAAUUUCUCAGUACACAAAUCAAACAAAAUUCCCGUUUGUUCAGAUAAAAAAAAGUGCUGCUGACUGCCAUUUUUUAUUGUGUGCAAAGCGCUCAUAUAAAUUUUGGAAAUGACUCAUUUAUUUUCUAUGAACAAACUAAACCAAAAAAUCGAAUAGGAGGAGGCAGACUAUAAUGGAUGAGUUUUCUUUAUCAAACAGCUGUUCAUAAAUACAAUCCAAAUCCAAUUGCAAAGCACACUCUCUUGUAUGAUUGUAUGAUGAAUUUACUACGGAGCCCCCCGGGUGCCAGGGUAGAAAAAAUAAAAAAAUCAUAGCUAAUCUGUACCCACAGAUUACUAAUCUGUACCCACAGUUUAGCAAUCUGUACCCACAUAUUACUAAACUGUACCCACAGUUUAGCAAUCUACCCACAGAUUACUAAACUGUACCCAGUUUACUAAACUGUACCCACAGUUUACUAAUCUGUACCCACAUUUUACUAAACUGUGCCCACUGUUUACUAAUCUGUACCCACAGUCACAGACACAAUCUGUCUCUGCUAAUCUGUACAGAUUAGCUAUGAUUUUUAAUUUUUUUCUAUCCUGGCACCCGGGGGGCUCCGUACUUUACACAGUGAGUUUGUGUUGAAUGUAGACUCUGUUAUAUGAAUGGGUUUGUGUGUGGCUUCUUUAUAAAUAGAAAUGUGACAACUUUCCGAUCAAUAAUUUAAGACACUAAUUAGCAUGAUCACUAACUAGCUUAGCGCUCCGUGCUAAGUAGUAACGUCUCAUCAAGAAAGAAUACAAAGAAUAGUAUUGGCUUCAUUUACUCACAUCUGACAGAAGCACACUGGAUUUAACAACAAAAAAGACAAUCUAACUCUCGACACUUAGUAAUAUUAUUCAGUAACCCAACAGCAGCAGCGAACUCUCUCUCUCUUGCACUAAUCACUGGCGCACGCCUCACUUUACACACAAACAAGGACCGAAACGGGACUGCUCAUAGCUGCCGGGAAAAAUCGAUUAUCAAAUUAGUUGGCAACUAAUUUAUGAAUCGAUUAGCUGUUGAAGCCUCAAAUGUCUUUUGCAACUGUACUGUCAUCAUAUGAAGACCCCCGACUCUCAUUUUGAACAUUUAUAGAAAAUAAGCGCUGCCUUUCUGCCUUGCAUUUAGCAGCUGAUUUCUCUGAUAUGGUGUAAGUUUCUCAAAAAUGGUCAAGUGAUGUGAAACUGCCUCAUGGUAUUACGUUGCAGCAAGAUUGAAAAUUGAAGGUUUUUGUUUUUUUACUACUAGUAAAAAUAGAUUACCUACAUUUGAGUAAUUAUGUUUUGUUGAAUGGCUAGCUGACUGUAAUGAUUUGUGGCCCAUCUGAUCCAAACAUUUUGACAUUGUGAAAAAGACAAGAAUUGAAAUAGAUAAGGUACUGUAUAUCACUGUCAGUGGUCUCCCUGCUGUGUUGCAUAUUCAUGUGCUGUUACAAAAUCGAAUUUGAAGCCGUUGUGACCCUUCGAAGGAUUUUUCCUCAUCAUAUUUAUUCGUUUACCCAUUCCGAAAUUUCUUAGUAAAGUCUUGGGCAAGUGCUGCGCAUCUUUGAAAAUUAAACUUUUGUUAAGUUCUCCUUUUUGUAGUUCUUUAUUUAGGACACUAUUAAAGUACAUUUAAAUACACGUUAUUUGUGUUGAACAUAAAGACAUGUAUGUUAAAUGUUUUUUAUUUUUUAAUUUUUAUUACAUGCCAGCCCAUGAGUACUAACCUUAAACGUCACCAAUACAUCACGCCUCAAACCAGAACGUUUCAUCAAGCAACAGCACCACCUAGUGGAUAUAUACGAUAUUCUUCACAGGUCAGAUUUAUAAGAUUUAUUAUUUGGUUAGCUGCUUUAUUUUGAUUGGGAAGACAAAACUCUUGAAUGGACACAAGAGGAACAUUUUCAGAUCUUUAAUGCAUUUUUAAAAACAAAUGUAAAAUAUUUUUGAUGGUACUCGUAUGAUUAAUUUUCAUUUGAGGAUUACUAAAAGUACAAGAGAGGGUCCAAUUAAUACAAACGAAUUCUUAUAGGUCUUUAUGGCAAAUAUUAUCUCAUUGUAUUAUGCUGGUGCACCUCUUGUGGUCAGUGAAUACACAGUAAAAAAAAAAAAAAUUAAAAAAAAAAUUUUUCAAAGACAUGAAUUUUGAGGUAAAAUACUGGCAGUUGUGGUUGCCAGAAUUUCCCUGCCCCCCAAAAAAUGUGGAACACCAUUAAAUAUACGUCAAAAAUGAAUUUUGCUCAGGAGUCAGCAUGCUUGAAUUCCACAGUAAUUGUCUGGAUUAAACCGAGGGCGUACGUAGGUUUGGUCUCAAGUUCUCAACAUUGGUAGGGACCAUAUAACGGCAUAACCUGUAUUUACACUUUUUGCUGGGACAUUAAUAAGACCAAAAAGAUUGGGUGAAUGGUAUUCAGGGCUACAUUUCUCACAAGUGAAGCCAAUUAAUUGAUACGGUAAAUGAUGAAUGCAAAAUAAAUCUGUAUUCUGUUUAAUUAACGUUAACAGUAAAAAACACACAGGACGACACCUCUGUAAGCAGCUUUCUACUCAAGUUUUGCAGGUUAGCAAGGUCAAUGUUAUGCUAACCCUGAUGCAGGUCAGAUUUCAGUAGCAAAAUUAGUGGUGUGUUCCCCACAUCCACUACAUUGAUGUCUACUUACAAUGGCUGCUGCGACUGGCCGAAAAAAACAUCAGUCAAUCAAACGUGCGUUUGAGGAAAUGAAAAUGGACUUCAUCCAGUGAAAAGGGUAAGUCUAAACACAAUGAAAAUAAUUCACUUAAUAACGGUAGGGUCAACUAUCCUUACAACAUAUGGGAAGACAAUCUAUAUUACCUAUAUAACGGGAAGUCAUUAUUGAAUGCAAAUAAGAUUGCUUAAAAGUUGGUGGUGACAAUUUGCGCAUACUGAAAAAUCGGUAGUGUCUACGCCCUAGGUUCAAACCCUGGGAGGGACCGCAGUGAAGUUACCGCAAUUUGAUGUGUUAUCUGUUUUUGUCCCAGUAAUAUAACAUUGUUCAAGAUCUUAGUGUGUUGUGUAUCUUUAGAAAUACUCCUUGAACACAAUACAGAACAUUGCAAAAUGUUACAAAGAAAUUUUAAUAAACUUAAAAAUUUGCCAUUUCAUAACGUCCACUGAUGCAUAAGUUACACUCGCCCUUAAAAAGUGCCUGUGACACAUUCAAGCACAUUUAUUUCAUAUUACACGCAGUAUUUUAUGCUCCUGAAUGAAAUGGACUGCUUGGAUGUGUGUGGAAGCAAUCGAUAUAUUAAUUCAAUUUUUUGAAUCCCACGCUACGAAAAUGACAGGCUUCCCGCCAUGGUCUCGGAUUGAGGAAUAACGCGAAUGUGACAUCAGCGGACUAAUCAUCUCACAAUACAGCCUAGAGCGCUAUAAUGGCAGGUGGGGCUAAACGGCAGAUUAAAAGACUCGUUUCUCGUCAUCUGCGCUUUGCCAAAUUAUUGCAUAUAGUCGAAUUGUCUCAAAAUAUGAUUUUAUUUCACAUAAUAAUGCUAUUUAAGAUUUUUUUAUUGUGUCACAGGCACUUUGAUAACAUAAAACACAGCUCCCUAUUGCAAAGGUUUUUAAGACUUCAAGUGCAAAGUAUCUGCUAAUCAUUUGUGAUUUCAUGCGCGCGCACACAUAAACACACCCACACACAGUGAUUUUCUAUAUUAUAAAACCUUUUAGCUGACAUAUGAAAAAUGGACAGUAGGUCCAUAUAAUCAUCUCAAGUGAAGCUACAACCCAGCUGAGUGAAGCAGGGUUGUGGUUUGAUCUAUUGUUUAGACAAGCACGCCUGGAUCGUCCCAUCAGAUCCUCAGCAACGUCAAGUCCUUCCUCUAGAUAACCCACCACAGUUUGAACCUUCGUUGGUCUUAAGGGAUGCGUCAUGACCAUCUCUCUUGUUCUACAUUUGACUGUACCAUUGGGCUUAUCCUCAUCACAUGAUCUUUGGGCCGUUUAGCUGGACAUGGACAAAAGUCCGUGUUCAUCUGCUGUGUCGAGAAUCCUGCAUAUGACUAAAGACUCGACCUAAAACAACAACAAAACAUUUUUAAUGUGGUUCUAGACACAAAUCACACAUUACCCAAAGUCACGCAACAGCAUGAUUGCACAGGUAAACUCUUUUUAUUCCUGGUUCCAUAAAUCACAGCUUGGCAGCCUCACACUAUCAAACCGCCUCCUCAAAAUUUGACUGUUGGUAUAUUGCUUCUUUUUCUUAAAUUACACUUCAUUUACACCAGGUAUAUUAUGUAAAAUCUGUAUGUGUAUACACACGCAAAUGAAAUAAAUGUUUUUGAUAAAAUUUUUGUACGUUUUGAGAUUCCCUCCUAGAAUGACAGUUUCUAGGGAAUAUUAAAAAAAAUGCAAUAUGCAGAGUCACCGAAACACAAAUGAUAAAUUGUUUGAUGAGUACACUUACCCCAAGGACAUAUUGGCAAGUUUGAGGUUCUGUCAUAUAGACCGUGACCGCAUGGGGAGAGUCUGACUCUUUACAUCUAAUGGAGGAAUGAAAUGACAGGAACAGUGUUCUUAUCCAACCAUCUACUCGAAAUUUCUACACUGUGUUUACGUACUUUAAUUUGACAAUGACUUGGCGGGGCUUUCCUGUCAGAUCACACAUAUCACCGUGGCCGUAGAAAUGGGAAACCAGUCUGCAAAGAUAUUUAAAAUAAAAAAUAGAAGUCAAGAUGGCUAAUACAGUGUUCUUGCAGCCUUUUAAAAGUCAAAUUUAGAGCUUUUAAACGCAUUUGUAAGACCUUAAAUAGAUAAUUUAAGACCAAAACAUGUCGCAACUACUUCUAAAUAAUGGCAGAAAAAAACGUUUUAUUUCACUGUAAACACAGAGCUGCUGCCACAACCCGCUGGUGUUUUUCUCCUAUCAUGUGUGACUUGACGGCUUUGACCCCCAUUGUCCCGAACAAAUGUCUUUUUGCAGACUUUGCAUGAGGGAUGGGAACCUCUGGGCACCUCGCGAUAUGAUACAAUUUGCCAAUCAAGGCUCACGAUAACGAUGAUCUCACGAUAUGGCUAUGCAACAAUUAUCGGUACACGGGUCAGGAAAUCAUUCUUGGAUAUUUUAGAAAUCAACUGAUAAACAAAAAAGCAAGGCCUUUUCCCCCCUUCUGCUGUGAAUUGAAAUGAGUUUAUCACUCGCAGACGAUGGCCGUCAAUGGCAGCCAAUGCCAGGCAACGAGUUAAUUUUGGGGCAUUUCACAUGAUUUCCUGUUGAUUUUCGGUCACUUCCUAUUGAUUUUGGGGCACUUACAGGUUCAUUUUGGGUUACAGAAAAGGAAGUGACUCAAUAAUGUCCCCAAAUGAAUAGGAAGUGACCUACAAAUACCCUAAAAUGAACAGGAAGUGACCUCUAAAUGCCCACAAAAGACUGGCUGUGAAUGCUCUGGUUUCAGUGCCAUUGACGUGCUAGACGUCCAAUCUACUCAAAAUUAAUUGGAUGUUUAGCGCCGUCAAUGGCAGCCGGUGAGCUAACGUAUUUUAAUGGAAGAUUUUGGUAGAAACCUGCUGGUUCCUAAUUUUUUUAAACAGUGAAACCUUUUGAAAAUGAUAUACCGAUUCUUGGCAACCUUUUAGCCUACAACGUACCAUGAUAUAUCAACUUUUUGAUAUAUUGUCACAACCGUACUUUUCACCAGGCACUGUUGUUAUUUUCACAAGGGGCCAACCACCUCUUAAAUAAACCAUCUUCCAUCUGUUUUUUAUUAAAUAUACAGUUCUCCAUCUCUGCAUAUUCCCGUUCACUUCUACAACCACGAAUAACCAGAGAAACACAAGUCGCUGACGUAUGCUUAUAACGUAUAACGUAUAUUAUUGCCAACCCCUUGUAUUUAGUGCACGCCACGGCCAUUAAUAAAACAAACACACACCAUUUCAAGUUUAUGGCAGAGAACAGUGAUUUCCCCUGGCAUUAAACACAUCAACUGGAAAUUUAAUAACUACUGCAAUUUUCCAGUAAGACAAUUGAAUUUUUAAUUUUAUUUUUAAAUUUAAGACUUUUUAAAGACCUGCAAGAUCCCUGGAGUAGUACUUUGUUAUAAAUUGAUAAUCACAACAAAAACAGCAUACUUGACUUUCUGCACGCCGCUUUCCUUUAACUGGUAAGAUCGAGCCACGUUCUUCUGGGACCACUCAAUGUGUUCCUCUGCAUUCCAGUUUCCAACCACCACAAUGUUCUUGGCUUGCUCUUUAUCCUGAAAUACCAAAGCAACAUUAAAGUGCGUACAACAGGAUAAAAAAAGGUUUUAAAUAGCAUUAUUAGGUGAAUGAGAAUCCUAUUUUGAUGAUUUGAGUAUAUACAACAACUUGGCAAAGCGCAGAUUAUGAGGAAUGAGUCUUUUAAUCCGCCGUUUAGCCACGCCUACCAUUAUAGGGCUCAAGCAUCCCCAACAGGAGGAUGACGUCGGCAGGGUCAUGGUUUCAUCUGAUUGAGAAAUCAGCCCAUUGAGGGGGAAUUACUCAGAACGAGGAAAAUGCGAUGAAGAGAGCCGCAAAAUGUCAUUGUAUCAGUCUCUCUACACCAAUAUUUUUACAGGAUAUUCUUUUUAUCGAAGUAUUUUUCCCCAAAUGCUAAAUAAAUGGUAUGGUCGUGACAAAUAACAGUCUUGUGUUAAAUGGAAUAUGAAAUAAUAAAAAUGCAUUUAUUCAGUACAACAUGGCAAAAUUACUCCAUAAUGCUCAGAACUGUCGACUUCACCUUUACUGUCGCACCUCCCGAACGAUAUUUUAUGCCACCGGAGUUAGUCAGGCUUUAGUCAUUUCCCUGCCCCGGCUUCGGAGAAUGUAAACAAACCAAGAGGGUGACAGCUAGCUGACAUGGUAACCCGAACAGAGUGACGUUUCGAAGUCUUAUUUUCACUUUCCGAGCGAAAAAUCACACAAAACUAGCUUGGAUUAUAUCACACGGCGGCGGGGUUGUCAAUUGUCUUCGCUGAUUGACAACCCGCCCGGCGGUGAGCAAGUUAGAGCUCAUUCCCCUGCUACGGACAGAAGCAGCUGGAGAGUACCGCCAGACAAACCCGGCGAUGUCGGAAGAGCGCUUAGCUGCCAAAUGGUCAACACGAAUAUGGCAUAAAAUAAUACUUAACUACACAGCGAAAACGUAAACAGAGAGCGGUGUGCAGUUGUGCAGCUAACAUGGCAGGAUGUGUGUGAGGAGAACUUUCCUACAUGUACGUCCAUGAUCAUACUUAAGUAAAUAGUCCUUUAUUUAAAGAAUGCUUGUAGUGGCCAAUAUCCGCGGUGAACAGGAACCUUUUGAAACCCAAAAAGGCUCACACGCCUCUCCCUUGUGCACAAUUUUCUGCAGCCGUUUUGCUGCCGUGAUGCAAAAAAUAAACGAAAUAAUCCGCAAAAUCAGCUGAAUCCGCAGGCCAUCUGCAUGCUAUAAAGCAAUUCUGUAUUGUGAGAUGCUGACCCGGGUGACGCCUAGGCAUGUGCCGGUAUGAGAUUUUCACGGUACGAUAACCGUGAGCAAAAAUACCGCGGUUUCACGGUAUCACGGUAUUGCAAUUAUAGCUCCAAAAUUUUGAGAUGUAUGGGUUUAAAAAAAAAAAAAAAAAAAAUCCAUUGAACAGGAUUUUUUCAAAA